GUUUAUGCUUGCCAUACAAAAGUGUUUGACUGCAGACCAGACAUAUAUAACUAUGGCAAAGAGUCUUGUGGCCUCCAAUUUCCCAGGCAAGAUUCUCAGCUUACUUGCUGCCAUGAUUGUAUAUCACAUCAGAAAUUACUCAAGGUACAAUCUUUCAUCUGGUGGAUCUGCAGUUCGAUUUUGGCUGCAGCUUCUUAUAGGUAUCCCAGAGUGGGUACAUGACAGCUCUGUACUCUUUUUACUGGAUACCAUUUGUCAACAGUCAUUCACACACCCGGCUUGCUGGCAAGAAGUUAUAAGAGGAUUCUCCGAAGUCAUGAAAAGCUCUGAAUGUCAACAAAGUGGUGGGGGAGGUGUGAUUGGUUUGCUGUCUUGGUUAACAGCAGGAACUACAGCCCCUCACUCCUUGCUGGUACGGCCUUCUGCCCCACAGUUCCCGUGGUUCACGGUGGCUGUCCUCAUGCUAGAGACACAGCAGGAGUUAUCCUCAGGGCUCUGGAAGAACCUCUUAAUAGAAUUAUUUGCUAAGCCACAAACUACACUUGAAGAAGCUCUUAAGAAAGUAAGCGAUGAUCUAGGCCUUGGGCCAAUCUCCUCCAGUCUGCUGAGCAUUUACCGUUGGGGUCAGCAAGUAGUGGACUUUCCAGCUGACCAUCCUGCCCUCCCAGUCACAUUAAAGAUGUACUUCACACUACACCUAGCUCAUGUUCCUCCACAACCUGGGCAAUAUGAAUGCAGUAGUGUGGUCUCUCGGUUCUAUCAGGGGCUAGUCAAUUCAGCAUUCCUUGGAAAGAUCAAAAAGAAAGUUGCAAGUGCUGUGGAACAUCAUGAAUCUUGCUUAAGACUGGAACCAGAAGAUGAAGAGGAAAUCCUAGAUCCUCAGUUAAGGUGUCUACCGAUCUGGUUACUUACACUUUUCGUUACAUUUGCACCGACGCUUUCAGGGGUCGUACUAGGGGUUUAACCCUUUACAGGGCAAAGUAUCCUUUAGGUACCGUAUAUACUCGUGUAUAGUUCGAGCUUUUAAGACCAAAUUUUUGGGCCAAAAAUUGGGGGUCGUCCUAUACAUGCGUAAUAGUU